CCGAAAAGGAAGAUGGGGCCGGCUGCUGUGGCUGACCGCAGCUCAGCGCCGCACUGCCGCUCGCUCCCUCUCCUCCCAGUGGGAUGGGGGAGAGAAGGAAGGAAGGGUGAAAGAGACAAAAUUCGGGGGGUUGAGAUAAAGAGAGUUUAAUGACUAAAAAGGAGCAACAACAACAAAAAGGGAACAAACCCAAGAAAAGCAGCUGAUGCAAAAAGCUCCAGUGUCUGAGCUGCAGACCUCUUCAAAUUAGUCCUGGACUUGUGGAUUUUAUAAAAUGGAAAGGGAAAACACAACACUAACGGAGAUAAAAUGGUGCCUUGUGUGUUCAAAAUGGCACAAAAAGUAGCUUGGACGUACUUGCACCAACGUUUCUUCAGCCCUCCUUAUUCCAAGCUUACCUAUUCAACUCCCUAUGAGCAGUUGGUUUGCUUCUGCGGCUUGCAGUUGAAAUCUGUUGUUUCAAGCUGUGAAAAAGAAGUGUCACCAACUGAAUGUGAGCACAAGGAGUGCAAGAGGCAGAUGCUUGAAAGCUUAAUAUUUGAACUGAGAAACACUGUAACAGAACUGGAAAAAAGUCUUAACACUGUUGACAAUGAAGGUAAUGAAUGGAAAACCAGAUAUGAGACACAAGUAGAAUUGAACAAACAGCUGGAAAGGCAAAUUAAUAUUCUUCGAGAUAAGGUGGAGCUUAUUCGUAGAAAUCCAGCAGAUAAACUGUCCAUUGUUCACACCUUUGAUAAAAUGCCUGUGGGUUCCUUAAAGAGGACUCUUAAACAGCUAGAAGAGGAGAAGAAAAGUCUCCAGAAUCAGCUAAAGGACUAUGAACUUAGGCUGGAACAAGAAGCAAAGGCUUACCACAAAGUUAAUGAUGAGCGGCGCAUGUACCUCUCAGAGAUCCUACAGACCUCAGCUAAACUUAAAAUUGUUGAAAGGCAAAAAACAGAUGCUGUGACUGGCAAGGGAGAAAAACAGAUACUGAGAGGAAGACACAGUGUUCCAGGACACCUGAAGAUGGUGAACCCUCAAAAACAAUCAAUUAAAAAGACUGUAGGAGUGAACCAGCUUCCACAACUAAAGCACUGAUUUGAUAUUAAUGCCAAGAAUUUCCAGUUGCUUUUAAAAAAUUUAAUUUGACUGAAAGUUUCUAAAUUGAAAAUGAAAGUAUUUGUGUCUUAUUGCAAUGCCAGACACAGAUUGGAAUGUCUUCUUGGCUGCCUUAGUGUAAGUGUUCCUCUGCCUAAUGGAAUUGCUCUUCUAGUUGCCAUCUUGUACUGGUGAUCUCUGACCUUUCCAUUCUGCUUCACAUCAGUGAUUCUGAGUGUGAGGGUGUUGGAAGACUUGGAGAAUUUUUAAUGUCUUUAUACACUGAUCCUUGAACUAUGCAGCCAUGGAAAAUAAACAAGCCUCUAGCAUUUUUGACCUCUCAACCAAGAAGAAAAAGGCAGACAGAUAUAACCUGAAGUAUUGUCUAAAUAUAACUUUUUUUAAAAGCUGGCUUGCCACAGAUCCUGUGUUGACUACUGCUUUCUGUCUGUAAGGUUUAGUAGCACAACACCAUUUCCAGCUGCUGUAGGCACUAGUAAUGGAUAGAAAUGACAGAGAGAUUGAGCACUUUUUGUUAAGGAAUCUUUAGAGCCUGUCUUGUGGAAUGGUUGUUUCUUUUGAAUCCUAUAUAUGCGCUAUAAAGAAACACAUAUCUUGAUAUUGGUAUGUUGAUCUUUGGAAUUUGAG